UGCCGAUGGGGCAGUUCACAUCCAAACGUGAUGGGCAAGUCCCUGGCUUUCUCUCUCGGGUUCGUUUCUCAGCCAAUGAGGAAGGACCUUCCAGGUACACUUCACAGCAGUUUGAUGCCAGCAGCCAACAGCAAGAUGCUAACCUCCAAAUUCCUCCCACCAUUGUUGUGUCUGAUGUGGAUGCGAGUGCAUCAGAGAGCCGGGGCUCAAGCAUGGACCUGCGGAGAUCUUCCUUCUACAGCACCUUAGACCUGGUGCCACAGCUGGAAAAUUAUGCCAGCACCCUGCCACACCAGAAGUCAAGGAGCCGACCUUCUCUGGAGGCUCUCCGCAAGGCAUUUGAUGAGGUGGAGGCAGGUAUGGAGGUAACAAAAACCACCACCGACUCAGUCAGCAGUCUCGUCACUGACAGUGGACACGAAGAAUCACAAGGUCCACAGGAGAAAGCUCCUGUUCGAUUUGGCUGGGUGACUGGAGUUAUGAUGCGUUGCAUGCUGAAUAUCUGGGGAGUCAUUCUGUUUCUCCGCCUGACGUGGAUCAUUUCUCAGGCGGGCAUCUUGUUAACCUGCCUAAUUAUCCUGAUGUCUGUGACGGUGACCUCAGUAACUGCCCUCUCCAUCUCUGCCAUCGCCACCAACGGCAGGGUGAUCUCAGGUGGGGCUUAUUUCAUGAUCUCCCGUUCCCUGGGUCCUGAAAUUGGUGGACCAAUUGGGAUGGUCUUUUCCUUUGCCAAUGCUCUGGCUUGUGCUCUCAAUACUGUUGGCUUUGCGGAGGUGGUCAGAGAUCUAAUGGAGGAGUUUGGUGUCGUCAUGGUUGAUUCAGUCAAUGAUCUCCGUAUUGUGGGUGUGAUCACGGUGACUGUUCUUCUGUUCAUUUCACUGGCUGGAAUGGAGUGGGAGUCCAAGGCCCAGAUUUUGUUCUUCACAGUUCUCAUGGUUUCUUUUUCCAACUACUUUGUGGGCACAUUCAUUCCUGCCAGUCUAGAGAAACAGGCCCAGGGCAUCUUUGGAUACCACAGUGAAAUCUUCAUGUCAAACCUAAAACCAGACUGGAGAGGACCUGAAAACAACUUUUUCCAGAUGUUUGCCAUUUUCUUCCCCUCCGCCAUCGGCAUUCUGUCUGGAGCCAACAUCUCUGGAGACCUCAAAGACCCUGCUACUGCUAUCCCCAAAGGCACCCUCAUGGCCAUUUUCUGGACUACAAUCAGCUAUAUAGCUAUUUCUGUAACUGCUGGGUCAUGUGUCAUACGGGAUGCUUCUGGAAAUAUAAGUGACAUUCUGAGUGGGAACAUCACUGAUGGGUGUGUGGGUCAAGGAUGUAAACUGGGCUGGAACUUCACAGAGUGCAUUGAGUCAAACUCUUGUAUUUAUGGUCUGGCCAACAGUUCAAAGGUUCUGGGCCAAGUUUCAGGUCUGUCCCACCUUAUCACUGCUGGUGUGUUUGCAGCCAGCUUGUCAUCUGCUCUUGGCUUCCUUGUCUCCGCUCCUAAAGUCUUUCAGUGUCUGUGCAGAGACAAUAUAUAUCCGUACAUUGGAUUCUUUGCAAAGGGUUAUGGGAAAAAUGAUGAGCCACUCCGGGCCUAUAUCCUCUGCUACAUUAUUGCUGUGGCCUUCAUUCUCAUUGGUGAGCUGAACAUCAUCGCAUCCUUGAUCUCCAACUUCUUCCUGUGUUCCUACUGUCUCAUUAACUUCAGCUGCUUUCACGCUUCAAUCACCAACUCCCCUGGUUGGAGGCCAUCAUUUCACUACUACAGUAAAUGGACGGCUUUGUUCGGAGCAGUGAUCUCUGUAGUUCUGAUGUUCCUGUUGACCUGGUGGGCUGCUCUCAUCACCUUCAGUAUCAUCUUCUUCCUGUUUGGAUACGUCAACUACAACAAGCCAAAGGUAAACUGGGGAUCAUCAGUCCAGGCAGGUACAUACAACAUGGCUUUGUCAUACUCUGUCUCUCUGUCUGGUGUGGAGGAUCACGUCAAGAACUUUAGACCCCAGUGUCUUGUCCUGACUGGACCCCCAAACCAGCGGCCUGCACUGGUGGACUUUGUUGGCUCCUUCACCAAGCAUAUAAGCCUCAUGAUCUGCGGCGAUAUAAUCACGGAACAGGAGAGGCAGACUCGGCCGCCGGAUGCCACAGAGUGGUUGGUAAAGUGGAUGAACAAGAGAAAGGUGCGCUCGUUUUAUACUCCUUUCAGUGCACACAGUCUCAGAGGUGGAGCUCGGCACUUGCUACAGGCUUCUGGUCUCGGAAAGCUGAAGCCCAACACUCUGGUCCUGGGCUUCAAGACAAACUGGAGGGACAGUUCUUCUGAAAGCAUUGAAGAUUACAUCAACACCAUAUAUGAUACCUUUGACUCCAACUACUGUUUGUGUAUCCUGAGGAUGAUGGACGGGCUGGAUAUCUUUGACCAGUUUGAAAGUGAAGUGAACCACAGCUUUGAGCCUGACAGAUCUGAUGAAAAUGACGACCAGCAGUCUCCUGAGAGGGUAUCAGUCGACGACAUCUCCGAUAAAUGUGACAGUGAUCAGAUCAAGACGGUGUUUCAGAAUGACCAGGGGAAGAAGACCAUUGACGUCUACUGGAUAGCUGAUGAUGGAGGUCUGACUCUGCUGGUGCCUUACCUGCUCACCAGGAGGAAACACUGGCGCAGCAGUAAGGUCAGGGUCUUCAUCGUGGGAGAUGAACAAAACAUGGAGGAAGGCCGCAACGAGAUGGUCGCUCUGCUGAAGAGGUUCCGUCUGGAUUUUAAUGACGUUAUCGUCAUGACAGACAGCGAGAAGCGUCCGCACGCCAAGAACCUGAGUAGGUUUGUGGACAGUGUCGCCCCCUUCAGGCUACACGAUGAACAGCAGGAUGGCAUCUCAGUCGAAGAUUUGAGACAAAGCGCCCCAUGGAAAAUAUCUGACAAAGAGUUCGAGGCCUUCAAACUUAAGUCUGAGAGAAAAGUGAGGCUGAAUGAAAUCAUCCGCAGGAAUUCACAACAUGCUGCUCUCGUGCUUGUGAGCCUCCCUGUUCCGCAGAGUGACUGCCCCAGGGCUCUGUACAUGGCCUGGCUGGAUACUCUGACCUGUGGCCUCCACUGCCCUGCGGUGCUGAUACGGGGAAACCAGCAGAACGUCCUCACUUUCUACUGCCAGUAAAAUCCUGCAUUAGAUAGAUGGACAAGUCUUACAAGGAUGGAUAUUUUCAGACAUGAAAUCAAAACAAAGACCUUGGUAAAAAAAAAAAACCCACAUAAGUGAUAUAAGUUUUAAAAAAAAAAAGGGUGUCCAAGAUAUGCAAUUGGUGCCAAGGAUGAGUUAACAAACGUAACAAUAUUUGAAGAUGUACUUAUGCAGUGUAUCAUCAUGGGCAGGGAUGGAAAAUAACACCAAUGCAGUUACUUGCAUCACUGAUAUCAAGAUCAUCUUCAGGAUCAUGUGGAUGCCAGCACCAUCUUAAAUGCUUUCCAAUGGCAACAGCUGACAGCGCAAGCAAAGAGAGGGGAGGAGUUGAGGUUCCUGCAGAUGCUGCUCCUGGAACAACACUGUGAUGGUUAGGGUUGUUCAACAAAAGUACUGAGAAGCAUUCUUCCAAAAUAUACUCCCUUAUAUGGUGGUUUGAUAAUGGUGAUGGAGAUCGCUGUCUAACAUGUCGCUGCAAAAAUUUCCUAUUGAUCUUCAUUUGGGCUGAGAUGUCGUGACUGUUAAGGCCUUCAACUCCAAGUCAAGGCGUUUAUUGUCACAUGCACAGUGUAAAAGUUUCCCUGCACAAGGUCAUUCUUCCUUUGCCCUCCACUCUGAAUGCCAUUUAUCAAUAAGGAAACAUGAAGUAUACAUGUGUUAUUUUAUGUAUAGAUACAUGAAACUAAAAUAAAAUAAAUAAAAUAUCAGAAGAGAUAAAAGAAAAUUAAUCAAAUAUCAAAAAAUACUAUGUACAAUAUACAAAAUACAACAACCUAUAACCUAGCCUGUUUAAUUGUGUUAUUUAAUAUACCCUUAUAGAAGCUUGUGCAACGUAUGGAAUCUUAACUUAACGCCACUUGUUUUUCCUUGAAAUCUACUGUACAUACGAUAGGAUAGUCCUUUAUUGGUCCUGCAGUGGAGAACUUUGCAAAUAAAUACAUUUUAUAGGAAGCUGUGCAAGAUUUUGAAAACUGAUAAUAUGGUGUGUCAAAAACCACUCUAUUUACUAUAUUGUAUGUAUAUGUAAUUUAUUACAAGCCCUUGUUAGGACUAGACGAAUCGUUGUUUUUGUAAGAUUAGUGCUAUGUACGGACCUUGAGCUUCUAGUGUAAUUACUAAAUAACAGUAGGCCUAUGAAUUACUAUAUGUCAUAAAUGUCCACCAUUUUAUUUCAUUUUUUAUUUGCACUCAAAAGUUCCCAGAAGUAAAAAGUAGCAUCAAAUAGAAACACUCAAGUAAAGUACAAGUAUCUCAAAUGUUUACUUAAGUACAUCAUCUGAGUAAAUGUACUUAGGUACAUUUCAUCACUGUGGCAUACCGUGGUUUUCCAGGAUAAGUCCUUUAGGUUAAACUUGUACUGUACAACCGAUGACUUCAUUCAUUGCUUUAAUUUGAUUGUCAAAUAAAUAGAGUGAAACUAGGUUUAAUUUCACUGUAGAAGUAUGUGAUUGUUCACAUUGCCUAUAGUUGUUUUUAUAAAUUUUAUUCAUGCCAGUAUAUAUGUGAGCUGUGUCUGAAAGAGGAAUCUAAAUGAAAUGAAAUUACAUCAGCAACAAAGCUCAAAUAUUGCGUAAUAUGUACAGUAAAUUCUACAUUUUCUCCAACAGGUGGUUUUGUGACUCUAUUUCUUUCAAAUUUUA